AAAGCCAGAAAAACUUGACCAGAGGCGCUUGCUCGGAGUCCAGUAGGAUUUACUACAGGUUUCUAGUUUCCUAGAAACAUGGAUUCGACCCCCACAUAGCAGGGUUAGUGGGCGGCGUUUUUAAAUAUAUGCUAAUACAGCUGACAGGCGGUGCAGCCCAGGCUCGCUCUCCCCUAGUUGUCCCUGACAGCGAACUGGGAGGGAGGAGAAGCGAGUGGAGGAGGCUGGGGCUCCGACGUGUGUGCAUGGCCUUGGGCCGCCCCGGGGUCAGCCGAGCGGCAAAGUUCGUCCAUGCUGGCCAUUGUCUUUGUCAUCCGGCAGUAGGGUAGACAUGCGCCUCUGAGAAUGGAGAUCAAGGACUCCGGCAGCGUGGUUCUGACAGCCUACCAUUCUUACGCCCCGUCUAGGAUCCCCAGAAUCGAAGCGAGCUUCGUGCCGGAGAUCGCCGCCACCCCGCCGUCCGGCCACCCCAUCAGCAGCAGAAAAUCUCUCCCUCGCUGCCAAAGAAUUAACAGGAUGCUUUCCAAUGAGUCUCUCCACCCUCCCCCAUUCAGCCGGUCCAACUCGCAAGCCUCUGUAGAUAGUACUUCAAUGGAGGAUUUCUGGUGUGAAGUUGAAAGUAUUAAAGAAAACAGCGAGGGUGGACUGGAAGAACAGACGGUCGCUGAGGUCAAGCCUGCUGACGAAGGAGAGCUUGAAGCUGAGUGGUUGCAAGAUGUGGGUUUAUCAACACUAAUCUCAGGAGCUGAAGAGGAAGAUGGACAAGCCUUGCUUUCCACCUUGACUCGAACCCAGGCAGCUGCAGUUCAAAAAAGAUAUAACACCUAUACUCAAACCAUGAGAAAAAAGAACAAGCAUUCAGUCAGGGAUGUCCGAGACAUCUUUGGAGUUGCCGAGUCUCCGCCUCCAUUUGAGCCUGUUCCAGUAUCCCUUGUUCCUGCAAAUGGUGUACAGGUGUCAGGGAAAAAGCCAGUUUGGAAAGCAGUUAAUUCCAACAGUUGUCUUGACUGUGGAUUAGACAAAGACACUCCAUCAGUAGCAGAAGAGUUGUCCUUCGAGGUUUCUUUCUCAGAGUCCAUCACAGAGAUUCCCAAAGAAAAAGAAGGUCCUAAAACACAAAGGUUUAAAAAAGAAGAUUCUUCCUUAACUAAAUUCAUCGUUCGAAAAAGCAGAUUUGGAUUAACCGAAGUAGGUGAUCUGUCUGUUGAAGACAUGAAGAAGAUUCGCUAUCUCUCUCUCAUCGAAUUGACAGCCUUUUAUGACGCUCUGGGGAUUGAACUGAAGCGGGACCGAACAGACAAAGUGAAAGGAAGAGAAAAUGGACUUUUUGGUGUUCCACUUACUGUCCUGUUGGAAAAUGAUCAAAAGAAAUUUCCUGGAAUUAAAGUUCCGCUUAUCUUCCAAAAACUUUUGCAGAAACUUGAAGAAACAGGUUUAGAAACAGAAGGAAUUCUUCGAGUCCCAGGAUCUGCAUCCAGAGUCAAGAACCUCCGGCAAGAACUUGAAAGCAAAUUUUAUGAAGAUACGUUUGAUUGGGACCAAGUCCGCAACAAUGACGCAGCAGGACUGCUAAAGAUGUUUAUCAGAGACCUCCCCAGCCCUCUCUUUACUGUGGAAUAUCUGCCGGCCUUCAUUGCCCUAGUAGAAAGAAUCUCCAAGAUCAAAUUGCAACUGCAAGCUUUGCAUCUUUUGAUCAUGCUUCUGCCUGAUGCCAAUAGAGAUAUUGCCAAGGCUUUCCUGAUAUUUCUCAAGAAAGUGGUUGCUAAUGAAGGGAAAAACAAAAUGAGUUUGUGGAAUGUUUCUAUGAUCGUUGCGCCAAAUCUCUUCAUCUACAAAGGCAAACGCUCCAGUCAAGAAGAGAUGCAAGCAGCUGCUACCACUGCACACAUUGUCCGGCUUUUGAUUAGGUACCAGGAUAUUUUGUGGACGGUCCCAUCAUUCCUAAUCACUCAAGUAAGGAAAAUGAAUGACGCAGCAAUAAAUAACACGAAGAAACAACUGAUAUUUGAUAAAAGCAUGAAAAAACUUCUCAGAAGGAAAACUCUGGAAAGAGAAAGACCUGAAAAAAUAGAGGCUACCAGCCCUAGGACUUCAAAGACUCUACCAACAUCACCAUCUUCUAGAAGGAAGUCUGAUAUCCCUGAAGGAGUCAUUAGAGUACAUGCACCUCUUCAUUCCAAGGUGUCCAUGGCCAUUCAACUUAAUGGGCAGACCAAAGCCAAAGAUAUCCUGGCUCGAUUUCAAUGUGAAAACAGCCGUGAUUCACCAGGAAGCCUUAAGACUCAGAAUCAAAGCUUAUAUGAAAUUGGAGGCAAUAUAGGGCAGCACUGUUUAGAUCCUGACGCCUACAUGUUAGAUGUGUAUCACGCGAAUCCUCAAGCAGAGUGGGUGAUGAAACCAAAGACAAGUUGAAACUUUGGGAAAUCUACUUCUGAGGGAAAGGACUCCACUUGUAUUUCCUAAGACAAGAACGUCCAGAAGAUAGUGGAAAACCAAGUGGCUGCUUUUGUCUCUCUCUGCCCUUCCCAGCCCUCUUCGUCUUGAGAUGCCUCCUCGAGGCCGAGGGUAUCGAUGUGUUCAUUGGUGACCAGCCUGUGAACCCCUAAGAUAACUGCCGGUUGUAACCAUCUAAGCAGUUUUCUUAUACCAGUUACUUGACCACAAUGGAAGGAUGAUGGUACUUUUGAUGAGAGGCCCAUCUGGACAGUGGAAAAUUUCAUCCUCUCCGGGAUUUUGACUUGAUAACCAAAAUAAACUGUGUCCUCCGCUCGGAUGCCCGUCUUACUCAGUCUUACAGCCUCCUCAACGUAGUAAACACUACCAAAUAUAAGAGACAGUGCUGGGGCGAGAGUUUGCUAGUAUUCCAAAGCAAGAUUCUCCCCCACCUUUAUAUAUAGACAUAUAUAUGUAAAAUAAUAACAGGGCUGCUUUUCUGAAAAAGAAUGAUGGAAAUGCCCAGGGUAGUUUUGCUGCAUGAAUGCAAUUCUUCUAUCCAAACGAAACUUGUUCUGAAAGAAAACUGUACAAUAUUUAUGCCUCUGACUCACUCCUCAUUAUUUGGUUAUUUUGAGGAGAAAGCUCUGCCGUUUAAAGCCACUUGUACUGUUUAUGUGUGUUGUACUGUAUUGUCAUUCUCUUCAUUCGGAUACCAACGUGUAUUUCUGUGUGUGUGAUCAUCUAUAAAUUGCAGGAUUUUUUUAAAAGCUUUUCAUCUUAUAUUAUGAGUGUAGUCUAUGAGCAAAGCAUCGUCAGGCCGAGGCUCUGUCUGUGCUUUCAUUUCUCUCUUCUUUGCAAGCAGCAGUGGAUUCUGUUCCCUAAUCAUCAUUCUAUUAGUUGAUGAAUGUGCCGGUCACUGAGUUUCUCUUUUCCCCCCAAACAUUUCUUCAUCUCUGUUUUAUGACCGUACUUAAUUCUGUAGCCACAGUUUUGAGGAGACUCCUGCUUUCAUCCAGGCCUGGCAAAUACAGCUGCCUCUGCUUCUUAGAGGAUAUUGAGGCCGUUUCCCUCUCUGAUCAUUAAUCACAGGCAGGGUCAAACAGUACUGUUAACA